AUAAUGAUCUUAUACAAAUCGUUAAAAGAAAAAAGAAAAAGGAAAAAGGAAAAAGAAAAAAGGGAAGAAGAAGAAGAAAAUCAAUUGCAGGCGGCCAAGAAUGCCAAGCUCGGCGAACCUGGCCACUCGUAUUGUCGGUCCAUAUGCUUAGAUGUUUUCUAGCUUUGUGCCGCCUUUUGGGCGACAUCGGCUUCUUGACGUGCAUUGGAGCCUCGAUCCCGAUACAACGGUAAUGGCCGGACGGUACGCCGGGCACCUCGACCAAGCAAUCGGUCCCAAAGCCACGUUGUGUCGUGUUGUGUCAUGCAAACCGGCACAGAAACGUGCCCUCUGCACCAGAGCAGCUUGUCAGAGACCAACGGCCGUGGCGUCUGUUUGGUGCACAGCGGUCUGUCUCCAGGGAUACAAAUCGCUGGGAAGAGGUUUUCGUUCACGCCACAGCCGUUUGGGCUCCGCAAGACUCCGUCCGCAUCCUGCUGUUUGGUCGAAGCCUGUCGUAUCCAUGCCAUGGCGGCAAACCACGGCCUAUUGGACUGGGAGAUGAGCGCUGCUGAUCCCGACCCUAACUUAAUGGCUCCCGCUUGCUAUGUAGGAAGGUCAUUGGACGGGUUUCCCCACGCUGCCCUCGUCGUUUUCCUCGUCUUGUCUGCUCCGCUGCUCGGCUCUCACACACCACACAAGCCUGCCGGGACCGGUGUUUUUGUUUCUUCUUCUUCGUCUUCUUCUUCUUCUUCUUCUUCCUCCUUUCUUCUCCGGAGCAGCAUCGUGUUGUUGUCAGAAGACGGACGCAUCUCAUCCCGCACUUGGCAUUAAUUGGUCGCCAUCCAGCGGGGUAAACCCCCCCGGUCGAUACAUCGGCCCUAUCCAUAAUCAAGCCUUCCCAUUCUCCCCAUCCGCCCCCUAGCGCCUGUAUUUCCCCCUCCCACAAGUUUUGACGGGACAAACUGCGGGAUCCCCUCGGGGAAGUUUGGCACCCUAAAAAAGCUGGGGAGCUCCUGUCCCA